UAUUAGUCAUUACAUUGUCUUUCAAUCGAAGACCACCAUUUCCACCACCAUCACGCUACCUUGACAUAAGUGAACCAUUCUGUGCAAUGUCUACACCAGCGGAAUACUAUCGAUCUCUCCCACCUGUAAGCAAGUUCUAUGGAGUGGCAUGCUUGAUGGCCACAUCUGCUCUCUAUCUGGAUCUUUAUAAUCCUUACAAUAUAGCAUUAUUUUAUGGCCUUGCACUAAAACGUUUUCAGGCUUGGAGGCUUAUUACGAAUUUCUUCUUUCUUGGGCCAUUUUCAUUUUCCUUUGCCUUUCGUCUGUUAAUGAUAGCAAGAUAUGGUGUUUCACUCGAGAGAGGACCCUUUGACAAGAGAACAGCAGACUAUGUAUGGAUGUUUGUCUUUGGAGCCCUAUCACUUCUUGUGAUGGCUGCUGUUCCAUAUCUAUGGUCUCCAUUCUUGGGAGGUUCCUUAGUAUUUAUGCUUGUCUAUGUUUGGAGCCGUGAGUUCCCAAAUGCACGAAUAAGCAUUUAUGGUCUUGUGUCAUUGAAGGGAUUCUAUCUUCCUUGGGCAAUGCUAGCACUCAGUUUGAUACUCGGAAAUUCUUUGAAGACAGACAUUCUAGGGAUGGUUGCAGGACAUUUAUAUUACUUCCUAACAGUGCUUCAUCCUCUUGCUGGGGGGAAAUUCAUCUUGAAGACCCCUCUUUGGGUUCACAAAUUAGUUGCAUUUUGGGGUAAGGGAACACAAAUGAAUACCCCAGUGCAGCGUGAUCCAUCUGCCGGAGUUGCAUUCCGAGGAAGAAGCUACCGUCUCAACAGAAAUGGACCAAGCCCUACAGAGCAAGCAGAGACAGAUAGUCCUGCACAGGCACAGCAGCCCAACCAGGGUGAUGGAGUUGCUUUCCGAGGCAGAAGCCAUCGUCUUAACGGCCGUUAGAGCAGGACUGCUGAAUUCAAUAUUAGGCUCCACCAAGAGGUAGAUCCCAUCUAACAUUGUGUCACAAGAUGCAAUUAUGUGUUCAGCAGCCAGAGUGAGUAGCCUUAACACACUGGAGGCCUUGCUUUUGCAGCGUACUAUUGAAAAUGUCAUAUCUAUUAAGUACUUUUUUGUGUUACAUCUUAGAUGAUUAGUUUUUCAAUGAACAUGAGAAUAUCGUGUUGUAUUUAAUACCAACUUUUUUUUUGUAAUAAAGAGGAAGAUUCUAACUAAUGACUUCUGCUCCAUGAUAGGGAUUUCCAGUUUAUUGUAUUAUCCGUUAUGAUUAAUCAU